UCAGACAAAGUUGCCUUAGAGAUGAGUUGGGUUGCUCUGUACACCCAGCUUGGCGGGGUGAACAAACACUCCACCAGCCUGGGGAAGAUCUGGCUGUCUGUCCUCUUCAUCUUCCGUAUCACCAUCCUGGUACUGGCUGCAGAGAGCGUGUGGGGAGACGAGCAGGCUGACUUCACCUGCAACACCCAGCAGCCCGGCUGCAAGAACGUCUGCUACGACCACUUCUUCCCAGUGUCACACAUCCGCCUCUGGUGCCUACAGCUGAUCUUCGUGUCCACACCGGCCCUGCUGGUGGCCAUGCAUGUGGCUUACAGGAAGAGUGGGGACAAGCGGCACAUCAUCGCGGCCUCACGAAGCGGUGGUGAUGACAAGACCAGGCAGGUGGACCUGGAGACUCUAAAGAGGAGGCGUCUGUCCAUCACUGGGCCUCUGUGGUGGACGUACACCUGCAGCCUGUUCUUCCGCCUCAUCUUUGAGGCUGGCUUCAUGUAUGCACUCUACUUUGUCUACGACGGCUUCCAGAUGCCUCGUCUGGUGAAGUGUGAGCAAUGGCCCUGCCCCAACAAGGUGGACUGCUUCAUUUCACGACCUACGGAGAAGACCAUAUUCACCAUCUUCAUGGUGGUCUCCUCUGCCAUCUGCAUGGUGCUCAAUGUGGCUGAGCUGGCCUACCUCAUCGCCAAGGCCCUGAUGAGGUGCUCCACCAGGAUUUCCAAGAAGAACCGUGCCUAUGCUCACCCUGAUCAUGUGUCCCCGGACAAGUCUCUACUACAGAAUAAAAAGAAUCAGAUGCUGCUGUCGUCUGUUACCGAUUCCUCCAGCAACAAAACUGUGUGA